AUUCAAAACCGUUUACGAUCACAUGGAGCUAGAGAUUAGCAGGGUAUAUGUACUUUACACCUUUUGAAGAUGACGCAAGUUUAAACGCACAAGAGUGACCUUUUUAGAAAGCAUGGUGCUGCUGACAGCGACUCUCACCCCAGUCCUCGCAGUGCUGCCGUACAAAGGUUGUUGGACUGUUAUGACUGAUGGGUGUGAACAAGGACGUUUCCUAUUUGUCUGAUAGUGUGUGUGCAGGACCACACAAUCCUCUCAAACUGCAGCCAGGAGGCAACGAAAAUGGACCUGUCCGACCAGAAGUACUUCACGGUUAUAGACUAUGUAAUCUUCGCUGUCUUACUCACUGCCUCUAUGGGCAUCGGGCUGUAUUAUGCUCUGUCUGGUGGGCGUCAGCGCACGACACAAGAGUUCUUAAUGGCAGACAGAAGCAUGCACUGUCUUCCUGUUUCCCUGUCGCUCAUUGCCUCAUUCCAGUCGGCCGUGGCUAUCAUAGGCGUACCAGCAGAGAUUUACACUCACGGCACUCAGUACUGGUUCAUCGGCUGCGCCUACAUCCUGGGCCUCUUCAUUCCAGCUCAUGUUUUCAUUCCAGUGUUUUACCGACUGCGUGUCUCCAGUGCUUAUGAGUACCUUGAGCUGCGCUUCAGCAAAGCAGUGCGCAUAUGUGGAACUUUGACCUUUAUCUUUCAAAUGGUUAUCUAUAUGGGAGUUUGUGUGUAUACUCCUGCCUUUGCACUAAAUACAGUAACUGGGUUUGAACUAUGGGGAGCAGUGCUGGCCACUGGACUAGUGUGCACAUUGUACACAACAUUGGGUGGUUUGAAGGCCGUCAUCUGGACAGAUGUCUUUCAGACUGUUGUGAUGUUUGCAGGGCAGCUGGCUGUCAUUGUGGUGGGAGUGCAGAAGACUGGAGGAGUGGCUGAUGUUUGGAGGAAAGUCUGGGAGGGAAACCGCAUCUCUGGUCUCGACCUAAACCCAGAUCCUACAGAGAGACACACCUUCUGGACUCUUGCAGUCGGUGGGGUCUUUCUCAUGCUGUCGUUGUAUGGUGUGAACCAGGCUCAGGUCCAGAGAUACCUCAGCUCACGUACAGAAAAAGAGGCUGUCAGGUCUUGCUACAUGGUGUUUCCCUCCUUGCAGCUGGCUCUGGCUCUAAGCUGUGUGAUGGGGCUGGUCAUGUUUGCACGUUACUGUGGAGAGGACCACUCUGACAAGCUGGCCAGUUCUUCGCGGGAUGCAAUGGUGAUAUAUUUUGUGAUGGACAUGCUGCACGGUCUGCCUGGGCUGCCUGGACUUUUCAUUGCUUGUUUAUUUAGUGCAGCCCUCAGCACCAUAUCAUCAGCCUUCAACUCUUUAGCUACUGUAACAAUGGAGGACCUCAUUAAACCGCAAUACCCCGCCAUGACAGAGGCGAGAGCAACCCUGCUGUCCAAAGCUUUAGCUAUGUCCUAUGGGCUGCUUUGCCUGGCCAUGGCCUGUCUCACUCACCUCAUGGGUGAUUCAGUUUUACAGGUGGCUUUGAAAAUCUUUGGCAUGGUUGGCGGGCCUAUUCUCGGUCUGUUUUGUCUCGGGAUGUUCUUCCCGUGGGCCAACUCUAUCGGAGCUCUGGCAGGUCUGGGUGCAGGAUUGGUUGUGGCUUUCUGGCUCAGCAUUGGAAGCAUCCUCAGUCGUAGCACAAGACCACUACCACUUGAAUGCGCUGCCAACGUGACUGCUGCUAUUCAGACGGCAAUCAGCAAUGUCACUCUGAGCCAACCCUCUGGACUGAAGCGAUUUUAUUCAUUGUCCUACAUGUGGUACAGUGCGUUCAACUGCACUACAGUCAUUCUAAUAGGGCUAAUCAUCAGCUUUCUCACAGGUCCCAUGAAGGAAGAAGAUGUGACACCAGGAACAAUUUAUCCCUUGUUAGGGAAACUUUUUUGUUUUCUACCUGAACACCUGAAAAAGAAGCUCUGCUGUGUGACUCCUCUGGGACAAACUCUCGCAGCGCCGCAGAGGCCACCUUCACGACACAAAGAAGGUAAUGGACUGGCAUUCUCACAAGAAGAUGGACCAUCACUGGAAGAGAGGGAAAGUUUUCUUCCUGAGGAUUUUGUAGAAUAUGAAACCGCAGUGUGAUGUCAAAUUAUCUCUCAUGAGAGGCUGUAUCGUCUUUACACAGAGAGCUCGGACUAAAUAUUUGCAUGUAGGAAGUGUCAUUCAGAUUCAGUCAAGGCUAAGCAAAUUUUCUUUCAACAUAAUUUUUAUUUUAUUUAUGUCAAAAGACUCAGCUGAACUGGUCACUGUGUUAGUCAUGUCUUAUUUCCAUAUGCUACUUGUCAGUGCAGGGGGACCUUUUAUGUGCAUGUCCAGCUCCAUAUGGUAUUAUUAUUAUUAUUAUUAUUAUUAUUAUUAUUAUUAUUAUUAGACUCUAAUAAAGCUUGAUUCACGGUUCAAAAUAAUCCCUAUUUAUCUUAGACUCUGAGGCAGCUCCUCAGUUUUAGCUCCUCUAACUUUGAGCCAUAUUUCUUCUGAUUGGGGGCAGUUAAGUAGGGCUACUGCAUACACAUCCAGAGCUGAGGCCCUGAGAUGGCUAUAUUAGGAAAAACCCGUCUGAUAUCAAAGGGCACGUGAACAAAAAAACACCCUCUCAUGAAUGGAUUAUUUGAAGCCAUCUGAAACCUUUUGGCUCAUGAGAAUUACUUGCACAUAUGCUGAUCUCUUUAUUUUAAACCUUGGCCACGUUAAAUAUGAACAUUCACUAUUCUAACAGUAUAAAAAUGGCAAAAAGUUAUGAAUAACAGGCCCACUUUGGUUCCUGUCAUCCUUGGAAGUUUUCCUGUCUACACGUUAAAAAGGGGAACUAUACAGAUACGUGAAGAACUGUCCAGUGAGCUCAACAAAAGUAAAAAUAUUUUUAUGGUGAUAUUUUCUCUAUGCUUGAUAACUGUUAAGCACUACUGCAGCUCUAAAACUGGUACUGUGAGAAAAUACUGCCUUACCUUUUUAAAAUGUGUGAAUAUUACUUGACUGGAAAAAAGUAUGUACAAAAUUUUUUUU